AUGCACCAGACUGAGAAUGUCAGUGCUGAUUUAAUAGCGAUCCCUGAAGCGUCAAUGGACUCAAUGAAUGACAAAGACCGCUGUUGGUCACGGAUGUUUAAAGUCGUCAUCGUGUUAUUGAUGUUAUCUCUCCUCGUUGCAGGUAUUACCAUCUCGGUAAUAUAUUUAACACGAAUAUCAAAUAGUACGUGCACAUCAACUGGCACAGGUUUUCUUCCGAAUGAUACAACAAGAUCGCCUCUACUAAACAAUAUUUCGGACGAAACUACACGCAUCACGAGUACUUUGUUCACAACGGAAAAUCCGUGUCAAAUCACUAAUCCAUGCCAGAAUGGUGGUUCCUGUCAUCCCAGAGGUAUGAACGAAACGGUUUGCUCUUGUCCGGACUAUUAUUACGGACUGCGAUGCGAACAAACCAAUGUCACCACGGAUAAACUAAUUAUUAGUCGAGUGCUUAGUCGUAAUAUAUGGCCGAAUGCGCUGGCAGUAAUUGAUGUUACAGGCUCAAUGAUUGGCUGUGCAACUACUAUAGUUCAAUGGAUGAAACCGUUACAUCGAUCAACAACGAUCAACAUGUAUGUUUUCUUCAAUGAUGGCGACAAUAAAAAUGAUACUUCUAAAGUUAUAAAUGCAACUGGUGGUAUCUAUGCCGUAAAUGCAACGAAUAUAUCCGAAGUUCUACACAUGAUGAACUAUGCCGCAAGUAAGGGUAAUGGUGGCGAUGACCCUGAGAAUGAUAUUGAAGCGCUCCUUUAUGGUAUAAAUCGAUGUCCUUUAUGUAAAAACAUCAUUCAUAUUGCCGAUAAUGCAGCCACACCUCGAGAUUUAGUACUACUUCCAUCUUUAAAAAACAAACGUAUCAAAGUGAUUCCAUGUCAAGUUUCAAGCAAUAUUAAUCCUGCUCUGAUAGAUAUUGCUCGACGAACGAAUGGAUCACUCCAUACACUCGAACAGGAUAUUUAUGAUUUUCCAAUGAAUACAUCAGGAUGA